CACUGCCAAGACACUUCCGGGUGUUUUCCAGCUGGCAGACAAGACGACGGCGAGAAAAAAACUUCAGCUCGGAGUUUAAGUUAAUUUUUUAUUGUUUUACAAAAUGAAUCGUAUAUUCGGCAAGGGGAAACCCAAGGCUCCGCCGCCGAACCUCUCGGACUGCAUCAAUACCGUGGAUUCCCGGGGCGAGUCCGUGGAUAAGAAAAUCGCCAAACUGGACGCCGAGUUGGUCAAGUACAAGGACCAGAUGAAGAAGAUGCGAGACGGACCGUCAAAGAACAUGGUCAAACAGAAGGCCAUGAGGAUCCUCAAGCAGAAGAGAAUGUACGAGGGCCAGCGCGACAACCUCAUGCAGCAGUCGUUCAACAUGGAACAAGCCAACUACACCAUCCAAACCCUGAAAGACACCAAAACCACAGUGGACGCCAUGAAGGUCGGUCUGAAAGACAUGAAGAAAGCCUACAAGCACGUCAAAAUUGAUCAAAUCGAGAACAUUCAAGACCAGCUGGAGGACAUGAUGGAGGACGCCAACGACAUCCAGGAGGCGCUGGGCCGCAGCUACGGCACGCCAGAGAUAGACGAAGAUGACCUGGAAGCGGAACUGAGCGCCCUCGGGGACGAGUUCCUGAUGGACGAGGACACGUCCUACUUGGACGAAGCCUCCUCGGCGCCGUCCAUCCCCGAAGGCCUCCCGGGCUCCAGGUCCACAAGGGACGGCGUCUUGGUGGAUGAGUUCGGACUCCCGCAGAUUCCCGCCACAUAAGUAGACGCUCGUCGUUUUGCAUGUGUCGAACUUUCCUCUCGUCUCUUAUUUAUCCAACUGACACUCCACACUUUGCACUCAAAUAUGAAAAACUGCUUUGUGGUUCAUUUUAUAUUAAUCAAAAGUGGAACUCUUUCCUGUUCUUGCAGAACACAAAUAAAUAUAUUGUAUUUUUCAAACAACCAAA